AUGGACGUCUCCAGUCCUGGAACUGACAAUUUGUCAAUGGAGCCCAGCGCCAAGCUGUUUUGCUGUGGUUUCAUGAGGCGUUGCAUCCCUCUGGUGUAUCGAGAGGAGCUGUACCACAUCCUGCGCAUGACGGGACCCCUGCUUGUGUGCCGGUUCCUGAAUUUCCUCCUUUUCUUUGUGGUGACAAUGUUCUGUGGCCGCCUGGGGAACACUGUGCUGGCCGGUUACGCCAUGGCCUCAGCUACAAUUAAUGUAACAGCUGCAGCGACGGGGUUGGGACUCGCUUUGGCAUGUGACACUUUGGUAUCACAGACAUUCGGGAGCAAGAAUCUUCUCCGUGUUGGGAUCAUCCUGCAGAGAGGCAUCGUAAUUCUGACACUCUUCAGUUUGCCCUGCUGGGCUUUGCUUGUGAACACCCAACCUCUUCUUCUGUAUUUGGGACAGGAACCUGAGGUGGCCAGGAUUGCACAGCUUUAUGUGGUGGUUUAUUUGCCAGCAAUUCCAGCCAUGUUUCUGUAUCAGCUGCAGCUGUCAUAUCUUCAGAACCAGGGAGUGAUCAAACCUCAGAUGUACGCAUCUGCUGUGGCCAAUGUUGCCAAUGUCAUCGCGAACUAUUUUCUGCUGUACUGGUGGGAUUUUGGAGUUUAUGGAUCUGCUGCCGCAAACACCUUUGCUCAGGUUUUUAAUUGUUUUGCCCUGUUUUGUUUCAUUCGCUGGCAGAAGCUCCAUGAGAAAACUUGGGGAGGGUGGUCUUUAGAAGCCCUGCAGGACUGGGGCUCAUAUAUGAAGCUGGCAAUCCCCAGCACACUCAUGACCUGCUUUGAAUGGUGGAUUUAUGAAGUUGGAGGAUUUCUGGCUGGAAUGCUGAGUGAGGUGGACCUCGCUGCUCAACAUGUGGUUAUAAUGCUGGCAUACAUCAACUACAUGAUCCCAUUAGGAAUGCAAGGUGCAGCGUGUGUUCGUGUAGGAAACGCUCUCGGCGCAGGAGAAACAGCUGCAGCAAUCCUCACCAGCAAGGUGUCUCUUAUCAGUGCAGCUGUUAUAGCAAUCAUUCAGGGUUUUGUUCUGGGCUCCACAAAAACGGUCAUCGGCUACAUAUUUACUUCGGAUGAGUCCAUAACAGAGCUCGUGUCUCAGCUACUGAACAUCUACUGCCCUCUUCAGUUCUUUAAUGGAAUAUUGUGUGUUGGCAUGGGUGUUCUCCUUGGCACUGGGCAGCAGAAGAUAGCAGCUAUUGCAAACCUCUUUGGCUACUACUGUAUUGGACUCCCAUCAAGCAUUGUUCUGAUGUUCACGGCCGGUUUACAAGUUGCUGGCUUUUGGCUGGGCCUCCUCAUUGCAGUCUUUUUGCUAGCAAUUUUCUUCACCGUGGCCAUUUUCAAAUUAAACUGGAAGAAAAUGACAGAAGAGGCAAUUGCGCGUACAGGAAAGAGUGCAAAUGGAGCAGCAAAUGGAACAAUGACCACUGAGUUUUGUUCAAACCAUCGCAACAGCUUCUACCAGGUGGUCCUGAACGCAGAGAACGGAAAUGGAUACAUGGUUGUGAGCUCUCAGGAUCAGGACGAGAGGCUCAACAGUACUGCGGUACCCGAGGAGCCAAACGUGACUGGCGUGGAGGAAAAGCCUCCAGUUCUGCUGUCCACCACUCAGCUGGUUCUCAGGAGGGGUUUGACCACCGUCGCCGCUCUCCUCAUCCUCGCCGUAGGAAUAAUCAUCCAUCUCACUGUGCCCUUACCACAAGUAUCUUACGGUGCUGGUGCAAACUAUACUGUGGACUCCAACUUUACCACAGCCAAUCCCAUCUAUUCAACGAGUUUCAUUUGA